AUGGUGAAGAAAUUGGAGAAGCAAAAAUCAAUCCAACCCCCAAAGAGGGCAAAGGUAGAAGUGCAUCACUACCAAAAACCCCGACGUCCUGUGACUCUAGAGGAAUUCUUACCAAGUUCGUUCGACAUAAAGUCUACUCAAGACAAUGUCGAGGCAUCAUGUUUCAAUGCUGAUAAAGCAGAAACAACGAAGGUGCCUUCUACUGACAAAGAGGGAACAACGAGUGAAUCCUCACCAAAAGUGUCUCCUAGUGAUGAUGAAAAGACAACAAGGGAAAUCUCGUCAAUGAUGAAUCCCUCGCCUUCUGAAAAACCUAUUGAACCUUCUUCCCAUGAAGUACAUGCAUAUAAUGAUCUUCUGUUUGGUGAAACACUACACAAUCGUCCUUUGUAUAUGGUGGGUCACGUGCUAGAGAAGAAGAUAAAUAAAAUCUUAAUAGAUGAAGGAUCUGGAGUCAACAUUUUGCCUAUCCACACAUUGAAGGAACUUGGCAUCACGACUGGAGAACUUAGUGAAAGUCGUCUGUUGAUACAAGGUUUUAAUCAAGGGGGGCAGAGGUCCAUAGGCUCUAUUAAAUUAGAGAUCCACAUGGAAGAUUUGCGAUCAAGCGCAUGGAUGCAUGUGAUUGACUCAAAGACGUCGUACAAUAUAUUACUUGGCAGGCCUUGGGUACAUGAGAAUAGAAUUGUAUCAUCUUCUUACUAUCAAUGUUUGAAAUAUCUUGAAGGCGGAAUUGAAAGGAAGAUAGUUGCAGAUGAUGACCCUUUCACCGAAGUUGAGACACACUUUGCCGAUGCGAAAUUCUAUUUGAAAAGUUAUGUUGUUAAAGGGUCCAAGUCUAAUGAUGUAAAACCAAUCAUGUCCGAUAAGGUCAUAAGCAAAAUAAUCGAUGUAGCUGUUGAAAAGGUAAAAAUUGAUACUAAAGAACCUUGUCCCAAUCUUAAUGAAGGGAAUAUCAUGUCUUCGAAGAAAAAGCUGACUUCUGGACUUUGCUAUGUUCCAAAAGUGAAGAAAGAAGAAGGUCAAUCAUCUAACCUUCAAGAAAAUGUAUUGAGAGGGCUAACUCUUCCUAUCAGACGGAUUGAUGCAAUAAACUUGUCUUCAAAGCUGCCAGAAAAGUCAAUCUCUCAAAAUCAAGUGCGAGAUGUGGCGCUCCCUACAAGACGCACAAGAGAAGGUUUUGAUCCCAAUGCUUACAAGUUAUUUGUGAAAGCUGGAUACAACCCUAAUGAGCCAUCAAUGCUAGGGAAACUUGUAUCAGAAGAUACACCUAGGCAAGCACGUGAAGGCCUAGGCUAUAGCCAACCAGCACCAAUUCGCAUUUCCAUAAGAAGGGCAAGCAAUAACCAUAUAACUUUCGAAGAUGAUGUCACUACUCCCAACAAAAAGCCUUCCGUCUUUGAUCGACUUGGAGAAUCGCCUGCAAGAACCUCUGUGUUUGAGAGAAUGAGGCGGCGGGUGGAACUUGUGGUUUCGUGUAAAGAAGAACUCAAGGCAAAGGCUCACACUGUGGUUUACACCAACGAGCGCGAGGAAGAUGAAGAAAGUGUAGGCUCCUCAAAUCAUGUUACAAUCCAAAAUGAGUACGAUUCUUUGCCUCAAAUGAAGAUUGAUGAAGAGUUAGAAGAUGUUGUCUGGUGUUGUCAUAUAUCUGUCAAUGACAAUGAUCCGUUAGAAGAGGAAGAUGCUAGAGAUGCUCCACCGAAACUUGAAGAAGGAGUAAAGACCACAAUAGAUCCUUUGAAAGAAGUUAACCUUGGCAAUGAUGAAGACCCAAGGCCGACUUACUUGAGUGCCUUUCUAGAAGUUGAUGAAGAAGCCGCUUAUAUGAAUAUACUCAAAGAAUAUAGGGAUGUCUUCGCUUGGAGUUAUAAAGAAAUGCCUGGAUUGAAUCCUAAAGUAGCGGUCCAUCAGAUGGCAGUCAAAAAUAGUUCUCGUCCUGUUAAGCAAGCUCAAAGACGCUUUAGGCCAGACUUGGUUCCAUUGAUAGAAAAUGAAGUUAACAAACUCAUUGAGGCAGGCUUUAUUCGUGAGGUCAAAUAUCCUACAUGGAUUUCAAGUAUUGUUCCUGUGAGGAAGAAGAAUGGUCAAAUUCGAGUAUGUGUUGACUUUAGAGAUCUUAAUAAUGCAUGCCCUAAAUAUGAGUUUCCUCUUCCCAUUCCGGAGCUGAUGAUUGAUGCCACCACUGGUUAUGAGGCGAUGUCGUUCAUGGACGGUUCUUCUGGCUAUAAUCAAAUCCGCAUGGCUCCAAAGGAUGGAGAACUCACCGCAUUUCGCACACCUAAGGGUAUUUAUUGCUACAAAGUGAUGCCAUUUGGUUUAAAGAAUGCUGGUGCCACAUAUCAAAGGGCUAUGCAAAAUAUAUUUGAUGACUUACUCCAUAAAAAUGUUGAAUGUUAUGUUGAUGACUUGAUGGUGAAGUUGAAAAAGAGGGGUGAUCAUUUGAAAGACUUAAGAAUGGUGUUUGAGUUGCUCCGAAGAUAUCAACUAAGGAUGAAUCCAUUGAAAUGUGCCUUCGGAGUUACUUCUGGCAAGUUCCUUGGCUUUAUUGUGAGACAUCGAGGAAUUGAAAUUGAUCAAGACAAAGUUGAUGCAAUAUCGAAGAUGCCUGAGCCUCGAAAUAUUCAUGAGUUAAAAAGUCUCCAAGGAAAGUUUGCCUACUUGAGGAGAUUCAUUUCAAAUCUAGCGGGAAGAUGCCAACCAUUCGGUCAUCUCAUGAAGAAAAGUGCUCCUUUUAAUUGGGAUCAAACAUGUAGCGAUGCCUUUAAAAGUAUUAAAUCGUAUCUAGUGAAACCUCCGAUUUUGGCAGCCCCUAUACCUGGAAAGCCAUUGAUACUCUACAUUGCGGCACAAGAAAGGUCUGUAGGAGCCCUACUAGCUCAAGAGAAUAGUGAAGGCAAAGAAAACGCUCUUUAUUACUUAAGUAGAACGAUGACACCGAAUGAGCUGAUCUAUUCGCCAAUUGAAAUGUUGUGCUUGGCACUUGUCUUCUCAAUUCAAAAGAUGAAGCAUUAUUUUCAAGCACAUGUUGUCCGCCUCAUUUCUAGAGCAAAUCCCAUCAAGUUUGUUAUGUCAAAACCUGUCCUUAGUGACCGACUAGCAAGAUGGUACCUCCAAUUCCAACAGUUUGAGAUUGUGUACAUCCUUCAGAAAGCUAUGAAGGGACAAGCAUUAGCGGAUUUCUUGGCAGACCAUCCGAUACCCGAUGAUUGGGAGUUAACUGAUGAUCUUCCUGAUGAAGAUGCGAUGUCUAUUGAAAUUCAACCUCCUUGGAAAAUGUACUUUGAUGGGGCUGCACAUCGUGGCGGAGUUGGCGCUGGCGUAGUGUUCAUCACUUCACAAGAAGAGAUUCUACCAUUCUCCUUUACUUUGAAGCAAUGUUGCUCUAAUAAUGUCGCUGAAUACCAAGCAUUGAUACUUGGACUUGAGAUGGCCGUCGACAUGAAGCAAUUACACUUACAGGUCUUUGGUGACUCUCAGGUGCUUGGAGAUGUAACCCUUCAACAUGUGCGUAGAACGGAAAAUAAGAAAGCUGAUGCAUUGGCUGCCUUGGCUUCAACUCUAACCCUUCCUGAUCAAACACAAGUUACUAUUAUUCAAAGAUGGAUAGUACCACCGCCAAAUGAGGAAAACUAUAUAGAAAAUGAGCUUGAGCAUCUCGUUGCUGUUUCUGAAGCCGUAAAGGAAGAUUGGAGACAACCCAUUAUUGACUACAUGUGUUAUGGGAUACUUCCAGAAAAUCCAAGGAGAAGGACUGAUAUUCGUCGUCGUACACCUCACUUCCUUUACUACAAGGACACAUUAUAUAGAAGAUCAUUUGAGGGUGUACUAUGA